UUGACAGCAGGUUGUCUUUUAAUUUGUCUUUGCUUAUUCUCUCCCCUGUAAUACGUGAUAGAAAGUUUUACGUUUGGUUUUUCUGUGGUUCACUUUAUUGUCAAUUACCAUAGAUCUAUGUGAAUCAACACAGUCAAUGUAUUUGUCAAACCUACAUCAAAGCUCUACUGUGCUUAAAAUGGAGGCCAAGCCAGGGAUGGGUGUAGUCAUUCGUAUGGCUUCCCAGUGAAGUGGGUUAUGUCAUGUCACUUUUUUAAAUGUCAGUCCUUCUUGGGCCACUUGCUUGCAGCCCUUCCACCGAGGAUGUUGCACCAUGUUCUAUGAUCAAGAAUAGUUGACACCUUUCAGUGAAACAAGAUGUUUCCACAACAAGGCUCGGGAAUGGGCCGGCCCACCCACAUGAUGCCUUCAUUGCCAACCAACUCAAUUCAAGCUGUCGGCAUUCCUGGUAUGCCACAGAGCGCUGUGAUGGCCACAAGUGGACCCUCAACGGGGUUUGUCAUGCCUCACAACUUCCCUGUAAAUGUGCCUGUGAACGUCCAACCCAAUCAGAACAAAAUAUGGCCAUUAAAUCAACAGCAAACAUAUAAGCCACAAGAUACACAAAAUCAGCAACAAUCCCAAAAUCAAACAGAUCACAAACAUCGUGACUAUCUGAAGCAACAACAACGUUUGAAAGCUAUGCCACUCUCUUCAAGCAAGGGAAUGAGUGCCGAUGCUCUGAUUGGAAAUCUAUUAGAGAAGAAGGAUACUUUCACUCCCAAACAACCUGCACCGAUGCCUUUCAAACAGCAGGGUCAGGAGACACCAGGCCAGAUAAGGCAACCUGUUCAACCAGGACCAAAUAUGAAUAGAAGUGCUGUUUCGGCCAAUCCUAACGACAAUUUCCCUGGGUGGCUAAGCCCCAAUUCUUCUCGCCUUCCUCCAAUAUAUUCCCACAUUUGGAGUCUUGUCUGUGAUCCUGCCUCUGGAGGGAGUUUAGUCGAUACAAAUAAAAUACUUGCAUUGCUCUUGACAAGCAGCUUGCCAAAAGAAGUUUUAGGUUUCAUUUGGAAUCUGGCAACAAAUGGUGCAAAUGUUCAGUUGAAUCAGCAACAGUUGUAUGUAACUCUGGCACUUGUUGCUCUUGCUCAGAUGGGCUGUACGUUUAACAAUCUCAGUGUCCUUAACUUUGUUCCCACUCCUCCAAUCCCAACUUUCAACAUGAAUGUUCAGAAGUCAAGCCCAGAUGACAAACAAAAGCGUCCAGAGUCAACAUUGAAGCCUUCCACUCCUUUCAUUGCCACUCCUACUGUAUCCCCACCUCCUUCCAAUGUAUCUGGCCCCUUGCCAACUACUACACUACCUACCUAUAUACCGAGUAAAACACAGUUAGAUGAUGAUUUUGCUGAUGACUUCACUGAUUUUCAAAGUGCGGAUACUUCUCAUGCUCCCUCUUCAAAUGUUUGCAACACUUUGCCAGCAACAGCAGUUAUUCAACCAUCUGCCACUGCAAAACAGGUUGUGAAUGAACUAAAUCACAGUGUGGUCUCCAAAUUAGGACGUAGCCAUGGCCGUUCCAUUGGUAGUAGACUUGCAAACCAUACAUUAGGGGCACCAAAAUCCAACAUGGGCCUAAAGCCUCAUCGCGCUAUCAACAGUGAUAACGUCUAUGUUCAGGAUGAAGUAGGAUUCAGUUUUGAGAAAAACCAGAGCGCUCAUGAUGCUAGAGAGCAAGCAAAGUACUAUGAAGGUGAAGAAAAUGAAGACUUCAGUGAUUUCCAGACUGCAGCUAGUCUCAAUGUCAAUGUUGAUGAACUUUUUCCAAAAUGCCAUCCUAAGCCAAAAGCCCAUGAUUUCAUGUUAAAGGAGAGUGCAAUUAGAAAUGAGUCAGAUGACGAAGAAUUUGGAAAACAGAAAGAAGAAGAGCUUUUGUCUCUAGACUCUCCCACAUUUUCUAAAACAUCUGCAGCUGAAAUCCAGAAUCUUCCUACACAAGUAGACAUACCUUUAGUUGCACCACCAAUGGCAAAGGCCUCUAAAGAGUUAAUGUCUGUAGAAGAAGAUAAAUACAGUGCCUUGCGCAUACUUGAAAACAUUCCGAGCUCUGUGACUAAACCCUUGUCAGAAGUCAACAAUAUUCCUGACACAGAUGACUUUGGUGACUUUGUCUCCGCUGAUGACAUGUUUUCAGAAAUAGCUGUCAGAGACACAGGAAACUCUGUCAAACAGACAAACUUUCCAACUUGCAAUGAUGUUGAAACAACUGCUGUGCAAAAUAUAGAAUUUGCUGUAGAUGAUUGGGCAUCAUCUGUCUUUCAGAGUGCUGGCCUUACACAAGAGCCAUCCUCAUUUGAGUCACAGCCAUCAAAUGAAAUGAAGAGUAAAUAUGGUGAUUUGUCUUUAGUCUUCUCAGACUUGGACAUUUCUCAAAAAGAUAAUAAUGAUUUGCUGUCUACAGUAGAUCCUCCGUCCAAAUGGGGUUUUGAUUUUGAUACAGUGAAAGAAUCUCCUCAAUUGAAUCUUAGUUCUAACUUUAUUGAUACAACUGCUCAAAAUGAUGAUGAUUUCGGUGACUUUGUUGGUCCUGAUUCAACCCAAGUUGAUGACACAAACAACAAAACAUCUCCAGUAUUUCUCAGUGACCAGCUGUGGGUUGACAGUGGCUCCAGCAAGCAAGUUCCCAGUGCACUCUCAGACAACAGAUCUGUCAGCAGUCUUGAAUUACCUGGUGUGACUUUGAGCCGCCAUGGAUCACUUCCAUCAUUAGAUUUGAAUCUUUUCCCAACUUCAGAUGAUAUGAGUGAUAAAGCCUCAAACUCUCAACAGUUAGCCGACUGGAUAAGAUGUCUUGAAAGGUCGUGCUUUCUACUCCAAAGUGCAGCCAGUACUUUUACAAACAUUACUGCACACUCUGUCCUGCUAGAGGUCUUGAACACAGCAGAAGGGAAAAAUUACUUAAGCAACCUCCUGGAAGUUCAUAGAGUCACUUGGCGUAUCCAAAGAAGCUAUCAGCGCUCCGGUCAUGAAUCAAACCAGAUAGAUGCUAUUUUAGGCAGUGUUGUGAAAGUCUGGUCUACCUUACAAACAUUCUACAAACUUGCUAAUAUUGAAACUGCUGUUGAGAAUGACGGAAGCGACGAAGAAAGUGGCCAGCCUGGCUGUGGAGUUUGUGGAAGCCCUGCCAGUCGUGGAGUGUUGGAAUAUGGUGGCCACGUUUAUCAUGCUCCAUGUGCAAACUUGUGGUUGAACUGUGUGGAUAGAACACUACCAGCGCAUUCACCCUUACUUUAAAUACGUUUUUAGCGCAUUGUAUUUGGGUCUUAUGAACCAGAGAACAAGGCUUUUUAAUCUCAUUUUAAGUCUGUUACUUAUAUAUGUAAUUUUUAAUGUCUGAUCAUCACCCUUCCACACCUUUGAUGAUUCUCCUGCCCCCAGUUAGUGGAGGGUGACUUUUGUUUAAAUGUAAUUCUGAAAUGAAAUGUGCCUAAUAUCCCUGGUAUACCAGGCUAUUUUUUAUCAAUAUUGUAUCCUUAAGCCAAUUGUCUAUAUUGAAAGGUCUGAUCCUAGUUUAUACCUUGAAUGGUAUGGUGAUACUUCUAUUUGCUUAUUUCUGUUAGGAUUCGUGUAGUGUGCACAAUACAUACUUACAAAAUUGUUUCUGCACAGUUGGUUAUUCUCUUCAAGUCUGCAGGCAGAAUUACUUAAAUCGUCUCCUGUUAUUGACUAGUUUAAUCCCCAUAUGCUGUAUUAUGGGAAACAAAUGUGUUUGCUUCAAUGACCUGCUCAGGUAGCUUUCACAGCUUAAACUUUUUUUUUUAUCUUUCCUCAUUUUUAGUUUGACUAUCCCACUAAAAUGCUUUGUUGUUGUUGUGUUUUAUCGCUUCAUAUUUCAUGUGGUGGGAUUUGAUAUUUAUCAUCUAGUCAUAGGGGAAGCCACACAACCUGUAUUCAACAUAUUUUUUCAUUAUAUCUAUAUUGUGGUUUAUUGUGAAAGAUCUGAUUGAUAUUUUUAUCAGUAUUCAAAUCACAAGUAUUAUUGGUGUUUUUAUUUUGUGUCUCAAUCAGAUAUAGAUGAAUACAUGUGUCCUUGUUCAUGUCAACUAAAUUGUCAAUUUCAGAAUCCUCUUCUUGAAUCUCACAUUUAUCCAGGAAAAGCUCUGUGGGAUUCAUAAUCUCAGAUUUUUCAAAAGAUUGGAAAAGUCCUGUUAUGGUAUUUUAAUUCUUUUUCUAUUGGUAAUUUGAAGAACAUGAUCUUUCAAAUUGAAAUGCUACAUAUUUUUAGGAGCAUUUCAUGUUUACAAUGGAUGCUGUUAUUUUUUAAAACAUUCCUCUUUCGCCCUUGUUAUGUGUACAACUAUGAUGUAGAAGCUAAGUUACCAAAAGUAGGCUAAUAAAUUAUCAUGUCUCCCCUGUUAAAA